AUGACCUACGAAGAGAACAAAUAUUGGAAGAAUGUGCUCACGGUCGUGCCCAUUGUGGGUGCGGCUCUAGCCACCAUUUCAUAUGCCCUGCGGCUGUUUUCGCGAAAAUUCACCGCGGCCGGGUUCAAGUUGGAGGAUCUUUUGAUGGGCAUUGGCUUGCUGAUCUCCUACUGUGCCACUGCCUUUGUUGUCUACACGGCCUUCAAUGGAGUCGGUAUCCCGGUCAAGACGCUUCCUCCGGACGAGCGACAUCGAAUCCAGUUUGGAUCGUGGAUGAUCCAGAAAUUCUGGGCGCCGUCAAUGGCCUUUAUCAAAAUCUCGAUCGUGGUGUUCCUGAAGCGUCUUUUGGGCACCCUCCGAACGUAUUCGAUCCUUUCCAACUGCUUGAUCGUGUUCAUCGCAGUCUGGGCCGUCGUGGCUCUGCUGGUGAACAUCUUCCAGUGCACUCCGCCUCAAUACUACUAUGACAAGACACUGAACGGGCACUGUAUGGGAGGACAGCGCGCCUUCUUCCAGUCUAUGGGAUCCAUCUCCUUGAUUGAGGAUGUCAUAAUCCUCUGUCUGCCCAUCCCGGUGGUGUGGAAGUUACAGAUCACUUUCCGACAAAAAAUGGCCAUUACACUGGUGUUUUCGCUUGGUGGAUUGGUCUGCAUAUUCAGUCUAUUGCGUCUCAUCGAAUUUCGCAAUUUCGUGGUCACCGAUCUAGCCUCCUCGAGCGCCAAAGAGUCUGUCUGGACCUGUCUCGAAAUCGACGUCGCCAUCAUCUGCGGAUGUCUACCUCUCAUGAAACCCCUGGUGCAGGGAUUUCUGGGAAAGGUCAAGAGUGGGGUGUCCAAGGGCCGAUCGCAUCCGUCGUCAGGCACGAAGCUAUACGGAUUCCACUCCACCGUCAACACGCACAACGACGGGUUCCAGAAAAUUCACGAUCCGCACGGCCUAUCGCAGGCAUCCAAAUCUCCCCAUGUGCAGGGCGGGUCGAGUCGGAGGAGUUCGGACUUGGAGAUGCAAGCCAUCGCGGUGCAUACGACCAUCCAACAGGACACGGAUAGUCGGUCGGACCUAAACAAUGCGGACGCGGUAUCCGGUCAUGUUUGGCCGCGGUAA